AUGGGCAUUUUCUGUUUAAUAAACGUGUCUAAAGAUGGCAAUGAUGAAUUCGUUGCUGAAGAUAUAGUGUCAGGAUUAAUUAAGUACGCAGUCGAUGAAAACACUACAUUUAAAAAAAUUACAGUUUCACUGAAAGGAAUUGGUCGCAUACGCAUAAUAAAUAGACAAACUAAAGAAUGCCCUGAAUUCACUACUAAAGAAGAAUAUGUGGACAUAGAUAAUGUGAUAGUUGACAAUGAAGUUACCCUACCUAUAGGAGAGUAUGAAACAAAAUUUAGUUUUGAACUUCCAAAAGACAUACCUUCGUCAUUUGCUUACUGUAGUAGUGAAUCUGAUUAUUACAUAAAAUGUAAAAUAUAUUAUUAUAUACGAAUAAAAUUUGAUAGACCCGGUAUACUGAAGUUACCUGUACGAUACAAGAAAGUGUUUACAGUACGUCCAUAUUUGACUCCAAGCUUACCAAAAGAAUUAACAAUGUAUGGCAAACACAAAAAAAUAGUGAAAUUGUUCUCAGGCAAUAAUACAAUAAGCAUAAAAGCUGGUAUUGAAAAUUCAGUAAUCAGUGGUGGUGAAACUGUAAAAUUUUGUUAUGAAAUAUUGAACGAUACAAAUGUGACAAUAAAAGGGGUUCAAGUAAAAUUGGUAGAAGCGCAUAAGUUCAAAGCCAAAGGAUUACAUUCUGUGAAAAGAUUGAAUAAGGUGGAAGGAACACAAUCUAAGACAGCACAAAUAAAAGGCGGCAACUCUCAAGAAAUGGAUUUUCAGAUUACUAUACCUACUGAUAAGGCAACAUUGCAGCAUUCUAAAAUAGCCGUUAGAUACUACUAUAUUAACGUUAAGGUCCUGCUGCCAUUAUUACGACAAAAUUUUACACUUCAAAUUCCAAUUGAAGUAGGAAACACAGUUGUUCCAGAAGUACCAGAAACUGAAGAUUUUGAACCACCUCCAUCAUAUUGGAAAACAAUGGAUGAGUGUAAGAACAGUAAAUUGUUUGAUGAUGACUGGACAGAUGACGAAUUGUAA